AGAAAAAAUAUUCCAUCUUCGCUAUCGGUGCCGCCAUGUCUCUCUGGCUCCCUCGCUUGCCAUCUCCUUCCCUUUCUCCAGCAACUUCAGAUGGAUCCAAUGCAAGGAACGAAGUUCAUAGCAGACCUAACAUUAAUAUAUUAGAGGGGGACAAAGUGAGAAUAAAGAAGAUGUUCGACAAAAUUGAACUUUCUGCAUCGAGUUAUGACACAGCUUGGGUGGCAAUGAUACCAUCACCUUCUUCUCCACAAACUCCUCUCUUUCCUCAGUCACUAAACUGGUUACUGCAAAAUCAACAAAACGAUGGAUCAUGGGGUCUUUCUGAUCGUCACGAGUUGCUUGUUAAAGAUUCUCUUCUAUCUACUUUAGCUUGUGUUCUUGCACUUAAGCAGUGGGGUGUUGGUGAACAGAAAACUAACAGAGGACUGGGAUAUAUCGAGUCCAACAUUGCUUCAGCUCUUGAUGAUAAGCAACAUUCUCCAAUAGGAUUUGACAUCAUCUUUUCUCAUUUGCUCGAGCAAGCCCAGAAGUUGGAUCUAAAUCUUCCUCUUGGAGGGAAACGUUUAGAGACAUUCAUGCAAAAAAGAGAAUUGGAGCUCCAAAGUGGGUGGGGAAGCAAGUCAGAAGGAUGGAAAGCAUAUGUGGCAUACAUCUCAGAAGGAUUUGGGAAGUCACAGAACUGGGAAAUGGCUAUGAAGUUUCAAAGAAAGAAUGGUUCUUUGUUUAACUCCCGGCCACCACCGCAUCAGCAUAUACUCACAUUAACAAUGCACAUGUCUUGA